AUGUGUUUACAGGCCGUGGUAGUUCUUUGCCUAGUUGGAGCAGCCUUUGCACAAUACGGACACCAUGAUCAUCACUACGAUCACCACGAAAAGAAACACGAAGAACAUGUCGUCGAUUAUUAUGCUCACCCGAAGUACAAGUUCGACUACGGAGUACACGACUCCCAUACCCACGACGUGAAGAAGCAGGAAGAGACCAGGGAAGGAGACGUGGUCAAGGGCUACUACUCCCUCUACGAACCCGAUGGUACCGAGAGGAUCGUCCACUACACCGCUGACAAAAAGAACGGUUUCAACGCCGUCGUAGAGAGGAAAGGACAUGCUGUCCAUCCUCAUGUUGAAGGAUCUAAAGAGACCUUCUUCAAGCACCACCACGAAGACCAUGGACACUCUGAGAGUUCUGGUGGGUAUCACCACGGUUCUGCCUCAUCAUCUUCCUCGCACUCAAGCCAUCAUUAUUAG